UUGUUAGUAAAAUAUACAUCCAGGGUGUAAAUGUUUGUGUUUCCAGCUCAUUAUGGAAGCUGCCAAGGAGAACAGUGGCAAAACCAACAUGAAGCGACAAAGAACACCUCUGUCAGAUUCAGAAGACAAUGUCUUCAUAUCAUCAGAGGAGAGUGAUGGCCAGAAGCGGCGGCGUCUGGAGGCAGCUGGUCAGGAGAACCGUAGUCCGAAACAUUCCUCCUCUGGACGUCUGCUGGAGCUGGAGACGAAGCCGGACACACCAAUGGUUCCUUCAGUCCGUUCCCGGGUCCAUCUACUUACACAGAGACAAGAUGGGGUAGCUCCUCUGGCCCAGCGCUGCCUGUCUGAUCCUGGCGCUUUCAGCCCGUCAGUCAUGAUCCAGGAAAAGGCCUUCAGAGAGCAUCUCCUCGAUGAAGGAGAAUUUACUCAGCGAAAGGAGCGUUUUAAAGCACCACUCUUCCAGGCCAGCCCUGCCCCCACACCGAGCUCUGCCAACCCCUGCCCAAAGAGCUGCUCCAACUUUGUAUCCGACAUUCAGCAGAAACUCCAGGGAACCACAACUCCCAGCUCCAAACAAGCUGUCCGCAUGCGCCAGGAACGAGAGCUUGAGUUGAACCAGUUGCAUUUUCAACCAAUCAGUGAGAAUGCCUGGUUGAAAAGGAGCAGCUCCGAUCCUACUUUAACUCAGGGGAGGACCCCUACUACACCCACAUAUACCUCCUGCUGGGUUCCUGGGUCUGUAAGGGGAGUUCGCUGGCCUCCCAUGAAACCCUGGGAUCAGGCUUCUGGUGACGCUGAGAAUGAAGAUGGCAGCUUCACUGAAACUACAACAUUAAGUGGCAACAAGCAGUCUUCAGUUGGAACAGGUGAAAGGCCAUGCUGGGACUCUGAAGCCCUAGCAGCAUCUGGAGAGCCUGAAAACUCUAACCAACUGCUUAAAAUUCAACAAAAAGACCAAAGUAAUCAUGAGGGGGAAGAAGUUGAGGAGGAGAUAGACAAAGCUUCAGUUGGAGGUGAAGAGAAGUUAAGGCCUCCAACGUCACAGACCGUGUUGAAGCUGUCUUUUAGCGAGGAUCAGGGUCUCUCCAACACGCCUCUCUCUGAGGAGCAGAAUGUGUCAGAGUUGCCUACAAGGGAUGAUCAGAGCUUUCGAGAAUGUUCUUACUCAGAGGAAUCAAACAUGAAGGAAACAGGUGACAUAUCCAGAGAAAAUGAAACGGGCAGGUCCGAGGCAAACUCCUUUGAUUGUUCUUCACACAAUGAUGAGGUGAUGGAGAUUUCAAUGGAAGAGGAGUUUAGUUCUUGGCGAUAUCCUCUAGACGGCAAAGAAGAAGAGUCCAUCUUAGCUGAACAGGAGGGGGACUUGAAAUCAUCCAGAGUGCAGAAAGAUAAAGGUGGCAGUGCUCCAGAUCGCAGUGAGCACUCUGACACAGAGCAUGGUGAAUGUGAUUCGAGUAAAGUUUCUGCUGAGGUCGCUGAUUCAUCUGAAAUGACUGAAAUUGAGAACGUUGAGGGAGACAUACUGUGGUCAGAGAGCUGUUCAGAUGACCAGUCUAAAGAGAAUGUAGAGUCCUGUAAUGGCUUUUAUGAUGGAGCAGGCCAAGAAGAUAUUUUUACAAUAGACAAGAGCGACACAGAAGUGAGUACUCGUAAAGAAGAUGUAAGUCAACAGUCAAAGGAGAUCCAGACAAUUGCCGUAAAGGAAGAGGACAUGGAUCUGGAGGCAGACAGGACGGACCUGGGUCGCAAAGUGAAACACACUCUGGCAGAUAAAUGUCAGGCAGUUACAGUGAGAAAAAGAAAUACUAAAUAUGUUUCAAAAUUAGAGCUAGAGACUAAGGUUGAAUCAUCUGACACGGAUGGAAGUGAUGGAGCUCGCAGUUUGACCGAGGCCGAGGCGUCAGAAAUCCUCUUGGAGACGGAGGAACUAGAACAAGCUGUAGUCGAUGACAGGCAGAGUGAUGUAGAAGAAGCUCCAAAGAAAGUCUCCUUUAUCCUGGAGCCUGAGCUUAUAAAUGACUCAACCUGGUGUGAGACCAAUGCAGAGUCCAGGGUAGAGACGAGUCUGUCAGAUGCUGAACUGAGCUCUCACGAUGAGACCAACACGGCUGAAAUAAUCGACCAGAUGUUUGAGGAAGUGCUGGAAUAUGCUGAAAGGAUAGAAGAAGAGCGAGUGCAUCACGAGGACACCGAGGGUCAUGACAGUGGUAUCGGAGCUUGCUCUGUAGAGAACAUUAAGAUGGACACAGAGUCCAAGAAGGAUAAAAGUGAAGAAGAGGGGGAGGCCAAAGAAGAAGACGAGUUGGAUGACAGCAAGAUGCUUGAAAAAGAGGGAGACGACAUGCUGACUUUCCCUCCCAGCUGCAUCCUUUCUCCUCUCAGCAAGUCGGUAGAGGCAGUGGUCACCCCUCUGCGACUGACAGUGAGCGAGGAGUCCAACCCUCCAUCUCUUCUCCUGACUCCAGAAGAGGCCUCCACCCCUCCUGCUGAAUCUGCUCCUCUGUACAGUAUUGAUGCCUACCGCACACAAAGACAGAGCAAGCCCUCCACCAUUCAGAGUGUCACUCCAGGGGUUCAGGGACGAGCUCCAGAGAAGUCCCGACCUCAGCCCUCUGUCAGCAACAAGGAGAAAAUCAAGGCUCUAAAUGAAGAAGCAGGAAAGCUUCAGACGGUGAUCAGCCAGACUCUCCAGGCUCUGAGCUGCUGUACUGACGAGGAGCAUGGACGGGGCUCACUGGAGGAGGCUGAAGCUGAGAAACUACUUUUGGUCUCCUGUGAGAAGCGCUCUGCUUUACUGGUAGAAAUGGCCAGACUGAGAGAGGAGAGGAACCUGGGGUCAGGAGAGGCAGCAGGAAAGGACAAGGAAUACAAUUCCCAGCAGCCCUGCAGAGGGACUGUGAGCAUCUCAAACAUCCAGCUGCCUCUCAAGGUGGAAUUUGUCUGCUCUUCACUCAACCACACGGGUAGCCCUGCUAGUCGACCAAGUCACUAUUUCUUCAUCCUGAUCCGCUAUGGGCCCUGCAACAUCGUCGCCACCCCACUGGCCACAGCUGCUGAUGCUAAGAACGGGGACACCAUCUCCUUCCCUACUUCUGUCACUCUAAAGGACAUUCGCUCUUCCUUUGAGAUUGAUGUUGAAGUCUACAGCCUGUCCCACACUUCAGGUAAUAACUGCACCGUGGACCGGACCACCACCAAGUCACGGGUCACACCAAGAAAGAUUCUGAAUACAAUCACAAGAUCUGGUAACAGCCUGACAACUGCUGCUCUUCCUGCUCUCAACACUCGUCGCUCCAGUAACUUUUGUCUGGUUGGCUCUCAUAAGGUCACCUUGGCCUCACUGGGACACAGCAAGUUCCCUCUUGAUAAGAUGAAACUUGAAGGCAAAAUCAGGAGGCUGCUGGGAGAUGAAUUUCAGGAAAAGGUGCCCUUUCUCUCUCCUCUAGAGGGCAACAUCUACCUGCGGCUGGACAGCGAAAGUCACUCUAGUGUGCAGCACCAAGACUUCCUGACGAUGUUUGAGUUGAUUAGUGGAUAUGGAGUGUGGCAUCGCAGAUACUUUGUUCUUAAGGGAUGUGAUAUGUCCUACUGGAACCACCCCAAUGACAGAGAAACAAAGGGAGCAGAGGGAAACAUCUCUCUGUCAAACUUCAACAAUCACUGCCUCAGGCCUGUCAAGAGGGACUCGUGUGCUCGACCUUUCACCUUUGAGCUGGUGAGCAACGUGCCACAGCAGACACAGGACAACAGCCAGGAAGCAUUGGCCAAGUGCUGGUUUUCUGCCGACACGAAACAGGAGAGAUUGGACUGGAUGGAGAAACUUAACCAGGUUCUGCUGGACUUUCACACUUGGAAUCGAACACCAGCAUGCCAAACACAAAGUCAGGAGUUAAACACAUCCAUCAGUGGGAUCCUGAGGGAGAGCAUACUGUAACUACACCCCGAACCAACACUUUGAAAACAACAGCAGCCGGUCUAUGGCACAGAAACGGGCUGAUAUUAGAGAUGACACAAUGGAUCUCAGAGCUGCUGGUGAUAAACUUCUUUAAAGGGUUAAAACUGAUUUUGGCAAAUGGAGAGAAAACACAUAGUGUGUCUUUGGUUGAUUUAUAUUUUGGAGGUAUCUAUUUGAUAUACAGUUUAUUUCUUUUAAUCUGAAUCCAAUCCAGUAUAACAGUUGGUUUUUACUAUAAUUUGCAGUUUAUCUUUGAAUAUUUUUAGUUAUUUUUCUUAUCAUGAUUAUGUGGAAAUCAGGUUUUUAUUUGGACUUAUUUUCCCGGGCAUUCAGCUGCUCAGCUUUCGUUUGCAAUAUAAUUUGCUCACUUUCAGUUGCUGAGGUGAAAAACUCUUUUAGUUAUAUAUUUGUGAAAUGUACACAGAUGUAGGGUCAUAUUUUAUUUGUUCUAUCAUUUAAACUGGAAGGAUAAUCUAAUUUGUAUAGAUCCACUAAUGAAUAUUGAAUGUGAAGGAAAUCUCUAACUAAUAAAAUAGUCUGGAGUGAGAAUGUAUUAAUGGCAGGAACACACUACAAUCUAAAAUCACAAUAGAGAAGGAUUCAUAGCUAGUGUUGGAAUGGGAGCUUUUGUUUUACACCUUAUCUGCUUCUGUAAUGAGACGAUACCUGUUUGAUCUUUGGCUGAAAUGUCUUCAAUGUGCUUGAACAACAUCUGUACUUUAGAAACAUUCAGGCAACAUCUGAAUCUGUGCUUCUUGACUUCACAACAUGUCGUGCCUUGAGGGGCUGAUGCCUUCUUAGUAGCUUGAAGUGCUUUUCUUCAGUACUGAAUUCUUGAUCCUGCACUUAAACCAAAGCAUCUGCUAACAUAUUGUGAUAAUUAUUUUAUGUUUUAUGAUGGAUGAUGGAUGAGAAAACUGGUUUGGGUAAAAGAGGGGAAUGAAGUGGUGCUGCUAUAAAGCCUAAUGUCAAUACUGUCUGAUGUCCUGUUCUUUUUCUAUGUGUUUCCAUCUUUCAGUCUGUCACUCUGUUGUUCAUGUAAACUCUCAUUCUAUGCACCUAAAUGAAGGUAACAAAUAAAUAAAUAGAUUGAAAUGGCUA